AUGCUGUGUGCUCUCUGUGAUAGUAUUAAUGUGACCGAUCUUAUUCUCCUGGCCAAAGCCAACUGGGAAGCCCUCCAACAUCGUCAGGAAGCAGAAUCCUAUGUUCCCCGCCGCUUCAACCAUCAUGCUAGAUACGAUGAGAUUGUAUCUGCCGCCGAAGCCGGCUGCGAGCUUUGUAAGGUUGUGGAGAGAGCGUUAGAUGGGGGGGUUGUGUUGGAGGGAGGGAUUAUGAAGACGUAUAAGGCGGAGAUGCUGGAGAUAGAGGGAGAAGGGGGGAGGGGAUUGCAUGUGGAGAUUCAGGUAGAGGUGAAGAGGGGUGCUGAUGGGGAGUUGGAGAAGGAUGGUGCUUAUGAUAAGUUGGUGUUUUAUUUGAGGGGGAGGAGUGAAAAGGUGGUUUUGACGUUGUCGUUGCAGAAGCGGAGAGGGCAGGUGAAAUCAGUUGAUGGGAUAGAGAUUGGGCAUUUUGCUCUUGAUCCUAACCUGGGAUCGGAAACGAAUUUCGAGAUUGCUCAAGAUUGGAUAAAUACCUGCAGUUCAACGCAUUACGAAUGUCCGAUGAUCCAGGAUAGACCGUUACCCACGAGAGUAAUUCAUGUUGGAUCCGACGCCCAGGAACCAUAUCUUCUAUCGACGCAUGGUAUGAAGGGCAAAUACAUUGCACUAAGCCAUUGUUGGGGUGGUAAAAUCAGUGAUCUCUCCAAGCUCAACAAAACGACUGCGAAAUAUUUUGGCAAAAAGAUUGCUCUGAUGGGCUUGCCGCCGAAUUUCCGAGAUGCGAUUCUCAUUACUCGAGGACUGGGAUUCCAGUUUAUAUGGAUCGAUUGUUUGUGCAUCAUGCAAGACUCGAGUGAAGACUGGGAAGUAGAAUCUAAACACAUGGGAGAUGUAUAUCGCGAUGCGACCUUAACCAUUGCAGCUGCCGCCUCAUCGAACUCUACCGACGGCAUCCUGAAAGUAUUUCCAGACUACGAUCUCACAGGUCUCAGCAUCAGUUUAAAACUAUCCAAAGAUAGUCCACCGGAAGACCACAUCGAUCUUGUGCUCCGAGACAAUCAUCGCGAACAGCUCGAUCAUCUGCUACAGGACGGACCGCUCGCAGACAGAGGAUGGACUUUCCAAGAGGAGAUUUUGUCCGCGAGGACCUUGUAUUAUGGACGAAUGCAGAUUUACUGGCAGUGUCUCCAUGACCAUGCAUCAGCCGAUGGUCUGCGCUCACGAGCUCCUUUUUAUCAACGCGCAUUUCGCUACGAAAGAAUUAGAGAUCAGAUACAUGAGCCGCAAGGACUCAAGAAACCUAACACCAUAAAAAGCCCCUACGUUUUCGUCGAUAAAGAUCAAACACCCUCAGCGAUACAAAAGCGUACCAGCGCCAACAUAAUCGUAGAAUAUCACAAACAGAUGGUGGUAGACUAUUGUUCACGACACCUCUCAUUUUUGCGAGAUAAAUUCCCCGCCUUUUCGGGUAUCGUUACGCUGGUUCGCCAUAUCUUGCAAAGCAAUGGGUAUCCCAGCUCGAAAUAUGUAGCAGGGAUUUGGACUAGUCAUUUUCGGGAAGGAUUGGUGUGGUAUUAUGGGGAUGAUGCAGUUCCUUCUGUUGAGAGGGCACCUACUUGGUCGUGGGCUACGACGAAUGGGAAAGUAGUGUUUCACCCAUCGACUUUCGCAAGCAAUCCUUUCCAAUCCACAUCUAUUGAUCCUGAGCUCUUGUCCCACCAUGUGGUGCUUGCGGGGCAGAAUCCUUAUGGCGAGAUCAAGGAUGCACGGUUGGAAAUGCAAGGCAGUUUGAUGGUAGCAAGGGGAAUGGAUCGAAUGGUGACACAUAGGAAUAGUAUGUGUUGCGGAUAUAUACACUGGGACACACGAGUUACUGGGAAAGGACGACGAACCAAUGCAUUAUUUGUGUGCAGGGUGGGGAGUUCAGCAAUGUUUUUAUUUAGUCCGCAGGACGAGAAGACGAGUUUGCCUCGAGCGAGUGCAAAUAUGGAUAAGCAAAAUAUAAACAAGGCUAAUAACACGAGGUAUAAGAUUAUGUUUGUGGCAACGCAGACACGGCAGGCACAUGGUUUGAUAUUGAAAGAGUAUGCAGCAAAUCAGGAUUUUAUGUCGAAAAGUGGUAAUGAAGAUGGCGGCGAGAAGAUCGAGGACGAUUCGCAAGCUGGAGAUGGAGCUGCAAAUGAAGCAGACGGUGAUCAAAACUUGAAUGUUGAGGCUCAAGCUGGAAAUAAGGAUAAAGUCAAACAUGAAGCACAAGACGAGAAGAAUGAGACGGAGACUAGAGCUGCGGUUACCAUCACCACUUAUCGUCGUGUGGGUUAUGUUAGGUUAUACUCCAAGCAUGUAAAUUUAACAAAGUUUCAUGAUGCAUAUAAUUGGGCAGAUCUAGAAGGAUGGAAAAGGGAACAUUUGGUGUUGAUUUAA